AUGACACUAGGGGAAGGGAUCAAGAUUGCAAUAGACAGAGGAGGAACAUUUACGGAUGUUCUUGCGGUUAUUCCCGGACAGAGCGAAUACGUUUUCAAGUUACUUUCGGUCGAUCCUGGAAAUUAUGACGAUGCUAAUAUCGAAGGAAUCCGGCGAGUUUUAGAGUACACGAGUGGAAAGGAGAUUCCUCGUGGCGAAUUGUUGGAUACUAGUGGAGUAGAAAGUAUCAGAUUAGGAACCACAGUUGCAACCAAUGCACUUUUGGAGAGGAAAGGUGUUCGUACUGCGCUUGUUACUACUGAAGGAUUCAAGGAUCUUUUGUAUAUUGGGAACCAGGCGCGGCCGGAUCUUUUUGACUUGAAUAUUCGCAAACCUGGAGUCUUGUACGAAAAGGUAAUUGAGGUAGAAGAACGGGUAACGCUUCCUGCUUAUUCUGAGGAUGCCACUGGAUAUACCGCUGAAGACAAGGUUGAUGGAAAGUAUUUUGUACGAGGCUCUACUAAAGAAGUGGUGAAAAUAAUCAAGCCUUUAAAUGUUGAAAAAACCAAAAGCCAAUUGAAAGCUUUGAAAGAAGAGGGUAUAACCUCAGUUGCAAUUGUCUUGGUUCAUGGAUACAACUUUCAGGAACAUGAGCUUCAAAUUGGCGCGUUGGCAACCGAACUUGGGUUUGAAAACGUUACCAUGUCUCACAAAACUUUACCCAUGAUCAAGGUCGUAAAUAGAGGACAGUCGUCCGUGGUGGACGCAUACCUCACUCCCAUUGUCAAGCAGUAUAUUGAAAGUCUUCUCAGCGGAUUCAAAGAGGGAUUUGAAAAACACACUAGAAUCGAGUUUAUGAUGUCCGACGGUGGACUUUGUCAUUAUACUAAAUUUACCGGUUUAAAGUCGCUUCUUUCUGGCCCUGCUGGUGGAGUGGUAGGACAAGCGCUCACAUGCUAUGAUCCCAAUGAAGGUACAGAUACAAUUGGUUUUGAUAUGGGAGGAACUUCCACGGAUGUUUCUAGGUACGCUGGUGCUUAUGACCAUGUUUUUGAGACGACUACAGCCGGCUUAAAAAUUGCUGCUCCUCAGUUGGACAUAAACACUGUGGCUGCUGGCGGUGGAUCUAUUUUGUCUUACAAAAACGGGUUGUAUCAGGUUGGCCCUGACAGCGCAUCUGCUCAUCCUGGUCCAGUAUGCUAUCGUAAAAAUGGACAAAACUUGACGGUGACAGACGCAAAUUUGAUGUGUGGAAGAAUUCUUCCUGAAUACUUUCCAAAAAUUUUUGGUCCCAAUGAAAAUGAACCACUUGAUGGUACCGCCGUGGUGGAAAAGUUUCAGCAAUUGGCGGAUAUAAUUAAUGCUGAGCAUCCCGAUAGCAAACCCAAAUCGGCUCAUGAAGUAGCCCUUGGGUUCCUCAAUGUUGCAAAUGUUGCCAUGGCAAAGCCUAUAAGACAAUUGACAGAAAACAAAGGUUUUGACGUUACGAAACACAACUUGGCAUCUUUUGGAGGUGCCGGUGGGCCAACAUGCAACAUCGUUAGCCAAGGUUUUGAAGAUCAAAAGAGUAAUAAUUCACAAAUACUCAUCGAUCCUUUCUGCCUAUGGAAUUGCUUUGGCGGAUGUGGUUCAUGA